GCACAACUUACAUGAAACCAAAGAUGCCGGCAAAAGGGAGAUUCUCUCAGAUCCGCGUUUUCUCGUAUCUUUCUCUUGGUUUUCAGUCUGUUUCUACUCAGCCUUCGAGGUUACGAACUUGCUAUGCCUUGGUGAGCAAAUUCGCGGGGAUCACGAGCGUGGGGCAUUUCUGCGCUGUGGGACAGGGCCCAGUAGCUUUGCCUGGCAGCACAACAUCAAAGCCAACCAUCAACCUUGAACCACGGCAAUGGGGACCCCACAAUCCACCAAGAUGUCGGAAUACCUUCAUAUUAUCUACAGCUCUGCAAGUUUGGUGGAGUGCUGGAAAAAGCUCCAAUUCUUAAACCAUCACCCAUCACUAAAAUGAAAGUCGCACGCCUCUGCUCCGUCAGUAGUAUCUCCCGUCGCAACUUCUCGUCUUCCACCCGUCGAUGGCAGAUAAACAAAAUAUGUGCCUCCGCCAGCGAAGCUAUAAAAGAUGUGAAAGGUAGCACGACCUUGCUGGUUGGUGGUUUUGGCUUUAGCGGAGUCCCGAAUUCGCUCAUCAACGCGUUGCGCGAUCGUUCGGAUUUGAAGGAUUUCACGGUCGUCUCGAAUAAUGCUGGCAUGCCAGGUGUUGGAUUGGGGCAGUUGCUUGAAAGCAAGCAGAUCAGCAAGAUGGUUGCUUCUUUUAUUGGGGAGAACAAGUUGUUUGAGAAGAUGUAUCUCUCUGGAGAACUGGCCCUCGAGCUUACUCCACAGGGCACUAUGGCAGAGAAAUGUGCGGCAGGGGCAGCGGGCGUGCCAGCUUUCUAUACUCCCGCGGCAUAUGGCACAAUUGGUAUAUCUUUCACUUCCUCUAUGUUGGAUCAAAGUAGUCAUUUACUAACAAUAUCCGUAGUACAAACAGGAGACCUCCCAGUACAAUACAACUCAGAUGGUACCGUUGCCCUAAUGUCGAAACCAAAAGAAACUCGAACGUUCAACGGGAAGCCAUACGUAAUGGAGGAAUCAAUAUUCGCGGAUUACUCAUUCGUCAAAGUCCACAAGGCGGACAGGAUGGGGAAUUGUCAAUUUCGAAAAGCGCAAAACAAUUUCAAUGAAGCAAUGGGUAAGAAUGCAAAGAUUACGUUGGUUGAGACGGAUCACAUUGUAGAAGUUGGUGAAAUUGCACCGGAAGAUAUACACAUUCAGGGAAUUUAUGUCAGCAAGGUGAUUCAAAGCACAGAAGAGAAGGAGAUUGAGAAGACUACAUUUCGAAAGACACCAGAGGAGUUGAAGGCUUCAGGUAGGUUUUUCUGAGUUCGAAUUUGGUAUUUCCCAAGCUAACCGGAAUUUUUCUCAGUCGGAGGUGGUUCAACAGGUCGAGAAAGAAUCAUCAAGCGUGCUGCAAAAGAAUUCAAGGAUGGCAUGCACGUUAACUUGGGAAUCGGCAUACCGCUCGCAGCCCCAGCUUUUGUUGAACCAGGAAUCGAAGUUGUUCUGCAGUCGGAAAAUGGUAUUCUCGGAAUGGGACCAUAUCCAUACCCCGGCGAGGAAGAUCCUGAUCUGAUCAAUCCCGGAAAAGAAACUGUGACUUUAAAUCAAGGCGCUUCGUUGUUUGGCAGCCAUGAAAGUUUCGGCAUGAUUCGAGCUGGAAGGAUUGAUCUCACGAUGCUGGGUGCUUUGCAGGUUGGAAUGUAUGGUGGUAAGUAUCUGUAAGAUGGUUAGUCUUAAAUAGUGCUAAUAUUUUCACUUAGAUCUUGCGAAUUUCAUGCUGCCUGGAAAAGUCAAGGGUAUCGGUGGUGCUAUGGAUCUGGUCGCCAACCCAGAAAAGACAAAGGUUGUUGUCACUAUGGAUCACGUUGACAAGAAGGGCAAUCCCAAAAUUCUAAAACGUCAGUAUCCUGCGAGUAAUCACCUGAAUGUUUACUGACAAACUCGCAGAAUGUACAUUCCCGCUUACGGGUCAGAACUGUGUAUCGAGAAUUAUCACCGAGCUCGCAGUCUUCGAUGUUGACCGCCUGGAGGGUUUGACCUUGAUUGAAGUUGCUGAAGGUGUCACGGUUGAUGAGGUUAAGGCAAAGACUGAAGCUCCUUUCAAAGUCUCUCCGGAUCUGAAGACCAUGCUUUAAUUUGUAUAGUAUUCUUUUACAAUAGAGAAGACAAGAUCAUUGAAAAUUCU